AUGGACAAGUUUUUGAAAAGGAAGGAACUGGACUCUGAACAAAAUUUGCAGCCAGAUGAGAGCCCAAGUAUGAGUGGGGAUCAAAAGAAAGCAAAGAUGGUUAGCUCAAGCAAAUUCUCUGGCACAAGGCAAUAUAGCGAAAGCUAUAUUUCAUUUGGAUUUACUUUCACUGGAGAUGCAAAGAAACCAACUCCACUGUGCGUGGUGUGUGGUGAAAAGCUAUCUAACAGUGCUAUGGUCCCAAGUAAACUUAAACGCCAUCUCCAAACGAAACACCCUUCGCUUCAAAAUAAGAAUGCGGACUAUUUUGUUCACCUGCGUGAAAACACGGAGAAACAGGCAACUUUAAUGAGAAAAACCACAAAGGUAAAUGAAAGAGCUCUUAAAGCUAGCUAUCAAGUUGCUGAACUUAUAGCCAAGUCAAAAAAGUCGCACACCGUGGCAGAGACAUUAAUACUUCCCGCCUGCAAAGCUAUUGUAGAGGAGAUGCUAGGACCUGAAGCAGCUAAGGAAAUAGCCAAAGUCCCACUCUCAGACAACACAAUUUCCAGACAUAUUAAUGACAUGUCUGCAGACAUCGAAAGUGUGGUUUUGGAAAAGAUCCGUAUCAGUGAGAAAUUUGCAUUGCAACUUGACGAGUCUAUUGAUAUCAGUGGACAUGCUCAACUUUUGGCCAAUGUGCGUUUUGUGGAUGGUGAUGCAAUUAGAGAAAACUUCUUUUUUUGCAAGGCAUUGCCAGAAAAAACAACAGGAGAUGGAGCUGCAGCCAUGGUCAGGCGCACCAAAGGCUUUGUAAGCAGAGUGAAGGAAAGAAAUCCAGAUGUGAUUGUUACACAUUGUUUUUUACACCGUGAGGCCCUCGUAGCCAAGACUUUACCAGCAGACCUAGUUCCUGUGUUGGAUGAUGUUGUGCGCAUGGUAAACUUUGUAAAGUCACGACCCGUGCAAAGUCGCAUAUUUGCAGCUUUGUGUGAGGAGAUGGGAGCGAAGCAUAAAACCUUGCUGUUUCAUACGGAGGUCCGGUGGUUGUCGCGUGGCAAGGUCUUGGUUCGUGUGUAUGAGCUGCGGGAGGAACUUAAAGUGUUUCUGACAAAUGAGAGGUCAGAUUACGCAAAGCUGCUUGCAAGUGAUGAGUGGUGUGCAAGGCUGGCAUACCUGGCAGAUAUUUUUCAUCAUCUGAAUGAACUGAACACACGAGUGCAAGGCCGAAAUGAAAACCUGCUUACAAGUGCAGAUAAAAUAAAUGGAUUCCGUUCAAAGGUGCAACUCUGGCAUCAACACGUGGAAAGUGGCAAUCUUGAAAUGUUCACACUCACCAAGCAAUGGCAAAGUGUUCACACUGCUGCACUGUGUGAGAUAAUAGUUAAACAUUUAAAAACUCUCGAGGAGAAGUUGUCAUUUUAUUUCUCUUCAGUCUCCACUGAAUGCCUUGACUGGGUUAGGGACCCUUUUAGCUCAGCAUCAAUUGGUGGAAAGGACAUGACUUUACAGGAGCAGGAGGAACUAACUGAACUGAGACAAAAUCGUGGUUUCAAGCUAAGAUUUGCUGAUCUACCUUUGGACAGUUUUUGGUUGGAUACUGCCAAGGAGUUCCCCGUUCUGGCAAACAAAGCUAUUUUGACAUUGCUCCCAUUUUCCACUACAUAUCUGUGUGAGAUGAGCUUUUCAAGCCUGACUGCUAUAAAAACUAAAGACAGAGAGAGACUGAGAGCUGUUGAUGAAGAGCUACGUGUGUGUCUUUCUUCGAUUCCUGCCAGAAUAUCAGCUUUGUGUUCAGAAAAACAGGCCCAGGUUUCGCACUGA